CUUGCUUGUGCUCUAAACACACUUCUUACUUCACUUCAGCUUUGCAGUCUCUCUCUACACUCUUUUCUCUCUCGUGUGGAAAAAUGGGCUCUGUUUCGUUAAAAAUAGGAGAUGGAACAGCAAGAUUCAAGAGGGCAUCAGUAUGUUCUUCAGCGGUUAAUCUACUGAUGCUUUUUUCUGUAAUAAUCACAAAUCUUUUUGCUUUUUAUGCGUUUACAUACUCGCCAAAGGAACUUCACCACCAUCACAAUCCGAAAGAUAUAUCAUUAAUUUCAGAGAAAGUGUCCAUAAUCCUACGGGAGAUUGAAUCUUCUAAGAAAAAGUUAGCCCAGAUGGAGAAAGAGCUCUUAGGCUUUGAUACCAUUGAUAUAUCGAAACCCAAUAUUCCAAAUGAGUUGAAAAUUUUCUUGGAUCACCGUGAGCUACCAUUGGGGAAAGAUUCAAGAACUGGGAUCACUGAAAUGGUGGCAUCUGUGGGCCAUUUUUGUGGGAAAUCUGAGGAUUUAUUGUCUCAGUACAUGAAUUACAAAGUCAAUGGACUUUGCCCUGAUGAUUGGAGCCUUGGACAAAAGCUGAUCCAGCGUGGAUGCGAGCCUUUACCAAGAAGGAGGUGCUUUGCAAAGACUAUUCCAAAGGUGGGUUUGCAGUCUUUUCCUUCUUCUCUAUGGAAAAAUGUAAGUGAAAAGAUUUAUAGUUGGAGUGGUAUUGGAUGCAAGAAUUUGGCUUGUUUAAAUAGUAAGAAAUUGAAUAGAGAUUGUGCUGGUUGUUUUGAUAUAGUUAAUGGUUAUGAAACCCAAAGAUAUGUUAAGACAAGAGGCAAGAAUGAUUUCCUUAUUGAUGAUGUUUUGGCAAUGGGAAGUGGUGGGAUUAGGAUUGGUUUUGAUAUUGGGGGUGGGUCGGGAACUUUUGCUGCAAGAAUGGCUGAGAGAAAUGUGACGGUGGUGACUUGCACUUUGAAUAUUGAUGCACCUUUUAAUGAAUUCAUUGCUGCAAGAGGGAUUUUCCCUUUGUAUUUGAGUUUCGAUCAUAGGUUCCCAUUUUAUGAUAACGUGUUCGAUUUAGUUCGUGCGGGGAGCGGACUGGAUGUUGGGGGUAGGCCAGAGAAAUUGGAGUUCUUGAUGUUUGAUAUCGACCGGAUCCUAAGGGCCGGAGGAUUGUUUUGGUUAGACAACUUUUAUUGUUCCAAUGAGGAUAAGAAAAAGGAUCUCACUCUGUUGAUUGAAAGAUUUGGAUAUAAAAAACUCAAAUGGGUUGUGGGAGAGAAAAUAAAUGGUUCUGGGAAAUCUGAGGUUUAUUUGUCUGCUGUUCUACAGAAACCUGUAAGAGUGUGAUUAUAAUGAUUUUCUCCUGAGAAAUUUCCAGGUGCUAAGGGUACUGUUGGGACAUUAGUUCUGUUGUCACACAGAAGAAUUCUUCUGAGUUCAUUUCUUGACAUUGGCUAGUUGGCUAUUCCUUUCUACUGCUGAAUAAAGGGGCAUUGUUUGUCUUGGAACCAAAAACAGCACCAUAGGUUGAUGCACUCUUGAUCUAAAUUUUUUCUUCGGUAAAGUUAGAUAUAUAUCUCUCUCUGUUAUGUUAUUCAAAUAUUUAGAUAACACACAAUUGAACAAGGAUAAGAUCAUUUUGGGUUCUGUGGUUUAUUAACCGCACAUUUGAAUUUGUAGUGUUAGAAUGAGCUAAUUAUUGGCAAAUCUUGAUUUCAAGCUGGAAAUUUCCCGGUUUAAAUAUGAUUACUGCUACCGUGUUUCUGUAUUACUAGAAUGAUAGAACAUUGUUUGUUUCGGAAUGGACUUCUGCAGUUGUUAUUGCC